AUGGGUGGUUCAUCGAGUGCAACUAGGAAAUUAACCGUCGAGAACGACGAUCCAACAAGUGUGAUUAAAGUUUCUGAAGAAGUCGUCGAUCGCCUUAGAGGAAGCAAUGUGGUAAGGACUAAAGAACCGCAAUACGGAAAACCGCCUCCAGAUCAAGGGGGACAGUUUCCUUUAUAUUGGAAUCCAUCUAAUCUAACCUCUCAACAAAUUCAGCAUCUUACAGCUAACGAAUUGCAGAAGAAUGAUCAGUAUUGGCAGCAAAGAAUUAAAAAUCUUGAAGAGAAGCACAAGAAGAUGAAUCAAGUUAUGGAAGAUGAAUAUGUUAAAGCAGUGAACGAAUUUACAGCCAAGAAAAUAGAUAGAAAAUUACCACCCUGUAAAGAAACCGAACAUGCAGUCAAGGAGUGUUAUUUAGAAUAUCCCAGGGAGCCCAUGAGAUGUGCAAAAGUAGUUCAAGCGUUUCAAGAAUGCGUCGAUUUGAAAAGGAAUACCUUACUUUUGAGCCGAGGAUGA